AGUCAAAUGGCAAUCCGAACGCUUACCGAACGCGCGUUUUUGUUCCGUGGAGGUUUUCCUGUAGAUGUAGAGAAGCAGUGAUAAAAUUCAUUUUACUAAACGUAAUGUUGUUUCAACUUUUUCAGGAUAAUUGAUUUCAAAUUGUAGAUCAUAGUUGCAAGUUGCAAGGAUAAACUGAAAUGGAAUUCGAAAACCCGCCACAGGAGGUAACAUUUCUCUACGAUGAACAUGGAGAGAAAAUAAAAGACGAUAAUGGCCGUGUUUUAGUUAGACUUUCUACUGGCAAAAUGGUUUACGCGAAGGUAGUUCCGGCCCGAAAACUAGUGACCAGCACAGAAACCACCAAACCCGAUGUCAAGAAAAACACAAAAAUACAACUACUAAAAUCAAAAACCACCAAACCCGAAGUCAUCAAAACGAAUACAACAAAACCAAGACUGCCAUGGAAUGACGAUUUAGACCGAAUUAUCACCACAGCCGUUUCCGAUUUUGUAAAAGGAUCAGAAGAGGAAGGCAUUGCAGCGGGCAAAAAAUCCUUCAAACAAGGAUCCCAGAUAUGGACUAGUAUUGCCACCAAAGUCAACGCUCAAGGGUACGAUUUUACAGCAGAACAAUGCAGAGGCCGUUAUAACACGAUUGUGGCAGCUUUUCGACGACUCGAAGAAGACAAAAAUAAAGAUAAUCGCUCCAGGGUUAGAGCAAGCACUUCGCACGAUGUACUUGAGAUUGUCAGAAACAUAACGGAAACCAAAGAGGAUGACACCGUAGAAAAAACCAUCCAUAAAAGACGUAGUAUUUCUUCCGUCAACAAACCUGACCCUUGUCACAAUUUAACCCCCGCAGUAAGCAGCCAAUUCAGUAAUAAAUCAUCAAAUAUAUCCUGCCUGACAUCUUCAACUCUGGCAAAAGAAGUCAAACAACUUCGAGAGCAACACAUAGACAUGCACAAAGAGAAAAUAAUGAAGUUAGAUGCAUUAAUUGAAGAAAAUAAACGUACAAAUGAGGAACGCAAACGAACUAAUGAACUCUUAGCAGAACAUAAUCAGCUACUUUACCAAUUGUUGAGCAUAUAUAAACCAAUUUCCGAAUAAACAUUUUUUAGUUUUGUA